AUGUCGACGGCACCAGAUUUGCCAUUAAAGCAUCUUCAAGGCUCCCCGCCCGGUACUCCCGUCAAGACAAACAACGAGGCGUCUGCUGGCGAUGCACGUAGAUCACCCCCCGACACGGUGACCGAAGCCGAAGCUUCAUCCGUCAACCACGGCUCGGUCUUGAGCGACAAUAACAGGAAUGUUGAGGUUGCAGUUGGUCCGUCAGAGAAUGCGACCAAACAAAAGGUGUACCAUACUGGAUGGAGGCUUCAUGCUUUAACAUCAGCACUGUGUUUGAGCUUAUUGCUGUCGACGUUGGAGACUACCAUUGUGAGCACGGCUCUGGUCUCAAUCGUCGAUGCCCUCCAAGGCUUCAAUAUGGCCGGUUGGAUCGUGACAUCCUACUUGGUAACAUACACCGGUUUCCUCAUCAUCUAUUCCAAGCUCAGUGACAUAUUUGGCUGUAAACUUAUGCUAUUGGUUGCGAUCACGAUAUUUACUGUCUUCUCUAUGGCAUGUGGUGCUUCUGACUCCAUGGUACCUCUGAUCGUAUUCCGCGCUUUUCAGGGGAUGGGAGGCUCCGGUAUCUACUCUCUAUCAACAAUCAUGGUACCGCUCAUGGUGCCCCCAGAGAAGUACGCGACCUACAUCUCUAUCAUGUCGUCAACCUUUAUCCUCUCAAGUGUCCUCGGCCCAAUCCUUGGAGGAGCAAUCACAGACCACACGACAUGGCGUUGGGUGUUCUACUUCAAGUGA